GAGCAGCGGGGCUCACACUUUUGACGGAAGACGUGAAGUGCGCCGCCAGUGGCAGGAUAGGGACCGCACAAGGACUCUGCACACCCCCAAUUUUGUGUGCGCGGUGGGAGAAAACGUCCAGGUCAUCUGUACCUCUCCAAGCAAGGUGCUGGCCAGGGUUCAAUGCUGGCAAGCUGCUCGGAGGUCCCUGAUAGGAAGGUGCCAACAGCCGGGGGGAUCGAGCUCGUACCCGCCCCACCCAGGCUGCGGCCGCGAGGGGAGGAAGCGCGCACAGGCCGAGUGCAAAAGUUUCCUUUUCUGCUUUCCAGUCAGAGAAGCUUCAACUAACCGAGGGUGGAGAUGCCUGACUUCAGUUGGAAGAGAACCCGAGAGCCAAAGGGGUUAAAAUAAGCGACUUCCCGGAAAAACAAACAAACAAAACCCUCUCCCCACCACUAGCCAUGGGCAGCCGAGAUCACCUGUUUAAAGUGCUGGUGGUGGGGGACGCAGCCGUGGGCAAGACGUCUCUGGUCCAGCGCUACUCCCAGGACAGCUUCAGCAAGCACUACAAGUCCACCGUGGGAGUGGAUUUUGCUCUGAAGGUUCUCCAGUGGUCUGACUCAGAGAUGGUGCGGCUCCAGCUGUGGGAUAUUGCAGGGCAGGAACGUUUCACAUCCAUGACACGACUCUACUAUCGAGAUGCUGCUGCCUGUGUUAUUAUGUUUGACGUCACCAAUGCCACUACUUUCAGCAACAGCCAAAGAUGGAAACAGGAUCUGGAUAGCAAGCUCACACUGCCCAGUGGGGAGCCAGUGCCCUGCCUGCUCUUGGCCAACAAGAGUGAUCUGUCCCCUUGGGCAGUGAGCCGGGACCAGAUCGACCGGUUCAGUAAAGAGAAUGGUUUCACGGGUUGGACAGAAACAUCAGUCAAGGAGAACAAGAAUAUUAAUGAGGCCAUGAGAGUCCUCGUUGAAAAGAUGAUGAACAAUUCCAGAGAAGAUAUAAUGUCUUUGUCCACCCAAGGGAACUACAUCAAUCUUCAGAGCAAGCCCUCCUCUGGAUGGACAUGCUGCUAGUUCUGUGUGGCUCCUUUUCUGUCCCAGUCUCUGAGUCAUUCCAUCUCUUCCUGUUGGUUGCCCACCUGGCAUAAAAGUUCUGUUGAGAAUAUUUGACCUGUCUCUUGCCAGUUGCCUGGAAAGGAGCCCCACUGUGACUUGGGAAUGGCUGCCUGGGACCCAUGUGCAUUUGUGUUGUUCCUGGAUGUUGUCUGUGACUUACUGAUGGCCUGUGUACUAUAUAGUUAGUGUUUUCUGUGUGACAAUGAUCACCUCAUUCCUCAACUGUGAGAUGAGUUCAUGGGAAGGAAUAAAAAUUAGCACUUGUG